AUGGCAGCUAGGUGUUUCCGAAACGCAUUGGCACUGGUAGGACUAGUAGUAGUGCUGGUGGCUCUCAAUCUCUCAGUGAGAGCCACGUUAGCAUUCAGCUUCUCAAGCUCCGAGCAGGGGGGGGUGAUGUGGUCGUUCGACUGCGACUGGAAGGGCAACGACAUUGACCGAGCCGCCGGCAUGGGCGACACGUGCGGAAAGCAGUGCCUCGAUCGCGCGGAUUGCACGCAUUGGACGUGGACGGCCGAAAAUGGCGGCUCGUGCUGGCUCAAAGGGGCAAUCAACGCGACAGAAUUGGUCGCCGCCAAUGGCACGUCGUGCGGUUACCGCGUUACCGACAGCGCGACCGGCAACCCGUACACGGGAGUCCAGCAGUACCUCAACCCCGAGUACAAGGCAAGCGUAGAAGCCGCGAUGCGCGCCGCGACUCCCGAGGAUGCGCCGUUUUUCGCGAGCGUGGCGGAGCAUCCGACGGCCGUGUGGCUCGACACGAUGGCGAAGCUCGACGCCAUCCAGGGCCACCUGGACGCCGCAGCGGCUCAGGCGGGGGGAAACCCGAUUCUCGUGCAAUUCGUGAUCUACGACCUCCCGGGCCGCGACUGCAAGGCGUGGUCGUCCAACGGGGAGAUUCCCAAGGGCGGCCUCGACACGUACAAGGCCAACUACAUUGAUGUUGCCGUGGCGCGCCUUAAAAACAAGGCGGCGAACGUGCGUCUGUCGCUCGUGAUCGAGCCCGACUCGCUGCCCAACAUCGCGACCAACAUGGGCACGAAUCGGUGCGACGCGACGACGGAGCAGGAAUACAUGGAGGGCGUCGCGUAUGCCAUCGCAGAUCCCCGACACCACGCUCUAUCUCGACUCCGGCUUCGGCGGCUGGCUCGGUUAGUGCGUGUGCGGCUGCCUUUGCCCCUGCGCCCCCUUCCCGCUCCAAACCCUCGGUGGCCGGAAGUGAUGAAGCGCGUCAUGGCGGUGUACAUGAAAGUCCUCGCGCGCGCGCGGCAGAUCCGCGAGAACGCCAAGAUCCGCGGCUUCGCGUCCAACGUGGCCAACUACAGCCCGCUCUUCGCGUCCGACGACGGCUGCCCGGCGUCGGAGAAAUGCCCGCUCGCACAGAACCCGAGCACGGGCGAAAUGAACUAUGACUGGAACCCGUGCAUUGACGAGAACCGCUUCACCGCGCGCCUCAAUGCGUUCCUGGGGGCCGCGGGACUGCCCACCAGGUGGAUCGUUGACACCAGCCGGUCCGGCGUCGCUGGCAUUCGAACGCGCUGGGGGUCGUGGUGCAACGUGAAGAACGCGGGGAUCGGAGAACGCCCCCAGGCGGAUCCCGCUGAUGCUCCGCAAGUUGACGCUGUGGUCUGGAUCAAGCCGCCUGGGGAGAGCGAUGGUCACGCAAAGGAGAUUCCGGAGCCGCUUCCCGUGGAUCGCGAAUGCGACCCCAUGGACCCGCUUGGCCUGGACGCCCUGGCAGACGCGCCGCGAGCUGGCCAGUGGUUCCAGGAGCAAUUCGCGAUGCUGGUUCGCAACACCAACCCGCCCAUGCCUGCUGGAAAGGUGGACCCGCCCCCGCCUGCCGACCCAUGCAUGACCGACCCGCAGACAAACCCCGCGUGCGAUCCGUUCUGGGAGAACCUGGCCGUCGAGUACUCGCCGCAGUACAAGUUCCACCCCGAUGAGACCAUUUGGCCAAUCACGAUCGACGAGUACCUCACACACGUGACUGCCUCCAAAGGUUAUUUUACUGAGGAUGGUACAGAGUAUGAAAUUGAAUACCAGCCGGGCCCGAUCACUUCCGACAACCUCGAUACAUUGCUGGAGAAUCCGAAUCUGAGGAGCGAGCAUGGCAAAACUGUCCUGUACAGUCCGGAAGAGUUUGACAAGGAUACCGACUGGGUGCGGGACUCGGCGCGCAACCCGGAAAACGGAGGCACGAAGCUGUACACCGUCAUUUACAAUCCGAAACCCGACGACCAAGACUCGUUUGUGGAGAUUCAGUAUUGGCUCGUCUACCCUUACGUGAGUAUUCCAAGUGGUACCCUAGUCAAGUACUUCCUCCCCUCUCUCACUCCCACACCCCUUCUGUAA